CCUAGUCAGGAAGCAACUCAGCCACAGGCUAACUUCGUUUUUAGUCUGGGAUUGCAAGAUCUAAGGCUUGACAUUUUUUCCUUCUGAAUCUCUCCUCUGGGCUUCUUCGCCUCUUCCCGAACAGGCCUCCUUGCUGGGCACUCCCGCCCUGCGGACGCGAGUGGGUGCAGGGAUGAAAUGCUGGAUGCCUCUGGAGGGGCGGGGGUCUGGGAAGAAUUCUGAUUAGCUUUACACUCCAGCCUCGGGCCACAGAAUUAGGGUGUGUUACCACGGAGACGGGCCCGGCCCGCGUGCUCGUCUGCCAUUGGCUGGGGACUCCCGGGCUGGAGAUAUAAAUCGGCGCAGCCACCCGGGCACUGUGCUGGCUAGAUCCGGCGGCGGCAGUCCUGCCCGGCUCAGCGGAGCGGAUCGGAGCUACAGAGAGCAGCGGGCUCAUUCAGAGGGCGUCUGCUGGACCAUGGAGGACGGUGGCAGAUACACAUAUGAGGAUUAUCAGAACACUGCAGAAUGGCUUCUGUGUCGCACUACACACCGACCCCAGGUGGCAGUGAUCUGUGGUUCUGGAUUAGGCGGUCUGGCUGAUAAAGUAACUGAGGCCCAAGUCUUUCACUACAGCGAGAUACCCAAUUUUCCCCAAAGUACAGUGCCAGGUCAUGCUGGCCGGCUGGUGUUUGGAUUCCUCAAUGGCAGAGCCUGUGUGAUGAUGAACGGCAGGUUCCACGGAUAUGAAGGGUACCCGCUCUGGAAGGUGACAUUCCCUGUGAGGGUUUUCCAGCUUAUGGGUGUGGACACCCUGGUGGUCACCAAUGCAGCUGGGGGACUCAACCCCAAGUUUGAGGUUGGAGAUAUCAUGCUGAUCCGCGAUCACAUCAAUCUACCUGGUUUUUGUGGUCAGAACCCCCUCCAAGGGCCGAAUGAUGAAAGGUUUGGAGUUCGUUUCCCUGCCAUGUCUGAUGCCUAUGACCGGACUAUGAGGCAGAAGGCUCUCAGUAUCUGGAAACAAAUGGGGGAGCAGCGAGAACUACAGGAGGGCACCUAUGUGAUGUUAGGGGGCCCCAACUUUGAGACUAUCGCAGAAUGUCGCCUGCUGCAGAAGCUGGGGGCAGACGCUGUUGGCAUGAGCACAGUACCAGAAGUUAUAGUUGCACGGCACUGUGGACUUCGAGUCUUUGGCUUUUCACUCAUCACUAACAAGGUCAUCAUGGAUUAUGAAACCCUUGAGAAGGCCAAUCACGAGGAAGUAUUAGAGGCUGGGAAACAAGCUGCACAGAAAUUGGAACAGUUUGUCUCCAUUCUUAUGGCCAGCAUUCCACUCCCUGAGAAUGCCAGCUGACCAGCCCUGGAGUCUUCUGUCAUCUCCCAUUUGAGUUCCAAGUAGCUGCUACCUACUUUGGCUGCUUGCAGGGGUCACAUGCCUCUGGGCUUGGGUAGUAACAGAAAGGAGCAGAUUAUCCCUAUCUUUCACCUUCCCUACUUUUUCCCACCAGACCCUCUGGUGCCAGGUCUUCUUUUGCUCAGCUAUCUUCUCAAAGCAGCUUCCACCCCUGUUCUUCCCCAAUAGCUGGAGCUCGUGCCCUACUAUGCAUUUGUGGAUAUGCCCAGGAUUUGUCUUGGGCCCUCGGACUCUGCACAGUAGCUGCUACUAAUGUUUUCAGAUAAUACUCUCACAUUCCUAGGGGCUCAGUUAUGCCUCACCUAAAGUGCUAGAGACCAAACAAGGACCAACCCGAUGCCUCUUGGACUUUAUUUAACACCAUAAUGUUUUGAGAAUAAAGAUAAAGAUGAAAUAAUUUUCUGAAUUUGUUGUGCAGUUAUGGGGUGAGUCUGAGGCACAGAUCAAGAAUAACAUUAAAGGAUAUGAAGAAACCACAUGUCCUGUGUAACUUCUGAUUCUCAGACAAGUAGCUAGGAGCGGAGAUGAGGUAUGAAUGCAGCAGAGGAUGAAGGAAAGGCACAAUGGUGAAAGAUGGGGAAAGACAUCACGAGAUGAGAAGGAAAAGCUGA